AUUUCUCUUUUUUCCCUCAGUCUGUUCAUUUCUCUUUCCCUGUUUCUCUCUCUCUCUGUUCCCAUGGUGUAUUUACCUCUUUCUACUGUUUCCCUCUCACUCUUUAAUUCUGUAUGAGUUGACAUUCAAUAAUCAAUUCCAGAAUCAACAUCAUUAACUUGAUUAACAACCAUUGUCAUGCUUUUAGCUUUGUUUUAGUUACCAUUGUGUUGACAAUUUAUUCCAAUACCUUUUGGAAUAUGUGACAUGUUUAAUGUUGAUUUUUCUUUCUCUUCUGUGGUUUCCCUUUACUCUUUUGGGUUAACUUGGUUUUCUCUUUCUUCCUGAUCCUGGUUCCAUUUUCAUUUCUCUCCUUUUCUUAUUUACUACGUUUCUAAUUAGCUUUUUUUUUGUUUCUUCCAUUUUGUUAAUCCUUCUUGUACGUGUUUCUCAUGAAAGAUUUGUUACUUCUCAUUUGUCAUUCUCAUGUCAACAAAUUAAUUCUCACCCAUUGGUAUACUAAAGAUGCAAAUUGAAAUGGAUCCUUGUCAUCAGCCAACCAAAUCUUCAGUUCUUGUGGUGGGUCCUGGUAAUGGCGGUGAUCCUGUUCCUGGUUCCUCUAAUGGAGAUUCUCUGCUACCCGAUUUCGGUGGAUUCUUAGACACCGGUAGAACGGGUCGACGAAAUGCAAUACCCGAUAUUCAUGUUGACCCUGGUGCUAGUGUUUCCUCCGCUGAUUUACCUUUAGACUUUGAGAAAUUAACGUGUUCUAAUAGUUAAUUUGAUCGAUUGGCAAUCAAAAUCGAAAAUUACUUUGCAAUCAUAUCCACGAAGGUUUUAGCCCUUCGCACAUUAAUUUAUCUCGAUUGUUGUUUAUAAGUGUUUUUCUUUUCUCUGUUUUCUUUGUCCACUCUCUCUCUUUCUCUCUACUCUUUGGAUAAACAACAUAAUUAAACAAUCGUGUCAAUCACAAUCAACGUACUAAAAGAAACAAAAAAAAAGGAGAUACGAUCUGUUUCCAUUAGUUCGGAAGCUUUAAAGUUCUUGAAUUAAACUGUGUGAAUAAAUUGUUAAUAAAUCAUCAUGAUUGAGAAAUUGAACAAUUAAAAAUUGAAAUGUCAAUUUCUAAAUUUUUAUUUAA